UUUCCGACGAUAUCACACUCAACAGGCAGCCACGUCGAUGACGUCACAAUGUCUCAGGACCCAGCCCCAAAGCAUUUACCUCAUUUUAUCUCAUCAACAAAUACCUCAACAGACAUCGAACACCUCACGCAAGCAACCAUCCAGUCCCGCAGCAAAAGAUGGGCGUCCAUCAAAAGGAUCAAACUCUUCCAGCACGACAAAGGCGCCUUGUCUCACCUUCUGCCCAAGCCGACCAUCGUCAGACGUAGAAACCCGGUCACGGCCAAGGUCGGCGUGCUGGUGGUGGUGGAGAACUCCAUCUACCGCCAGUACCUCAGGGACAACGGCAACAACGCGAGGGUCGCCCUGGCCAGGAUCCGGCGCUACUACGGCAUGGUGUUCGCCAUGAUAGAUCAAAGAUUCUCAACCAUAAACGAUCCUAAUUUAAGAAUAUCAGUCAGAAUUUCCGGAAUCCUUGUAGCAGAACGACGAGAAGACUCGGGCUGGCUGGAGAACAUCGUGGACUGGGGGACCCUGCGGACCCACGGGAUGGCCUCAGUGUACACGGACCGUGCCCUCAGGAAGUUCACCAAGUGGGUCAGUACCCGCAAGAACCUGCCGGAGUUCGACCACGCCAUGGUCUUCACCGCGUACCGCCUAACCAUCAAGCAAGGUAUAACUUUAGGAGGCAUGGCAUAUCUGAAUGCCAUAUGUGACAUCAAGUCCGGCAACGCUGUGUCCAUAGUGGCAGACAGGGGUGACUUUCAAUGUGUCAAGGUCGCUACUCACGAACUGGCUCAUAGUCUCGGGGCGAAUCACGAUGGCGACAAGCACAGCAAGAGUUGCCGCCCUGACGCCAACUACAUCAUGUCCCCCCAGCCAGCCCAUCACAAGCAGGUGCUCAAGAACGCUUUUUACUUCUCGCCCUGUUCCAUCCGGGAUAUGACUUACCACCUCAGCAAACCCACCUCGGCGUGUGUGAAGAACGAGCCCCCCGUCUACUACAGCUAUGAUCUCAGACGUCUACCACCUGGCCGGGUCUACUCGGCCGAUAUGCAGUGUAAGCUCAUCUUCGGCAAGAAGUCCGGGUUCUGUAUGGAAGGGAACUGGGUGGAUGUCAUGUGUGGACAACUCUGGUGCCGUGAUCCCAACAAAGAAAGUGGUUGUAGAACAAAUUCUUAUCUGACAGCAUUGCCUGGAACAGAAUGUGGAGUAAACAAGAUUUGCUAUCUUGGUGAAUGUGUAUUGGAUUCAAGUAAAAACACAAUAAUAGCAGAGGCCAGAUCAAUCAAUGUAGUGCCCAACAUUCCAGAUUUGGUAGGACCCUCAUUCAGGAUGAGAGGACCUCGUCCUAGAGAUCAACGAAGAACGCGACACAUUGCUGAAGAAGAUGAAUGCAAAGAAGAUAAAAAUGUCCGAUACUGUGUGGGUCUUAUGAAAAUCAAUCCAGAUGCCUGCGGAAGACGUGCUGUUCGGCAAUAUUGUUGUGCAACUUGCAGACAUAGAUAAUGAUAUUUUAAUAAUUAAAAAGUAUUAGCGUUAUAUUUACUUUCUAAAUUACCAUUUAUUUGAAAUCAACAUUGAAUAUUUAUGUUUAGAUAGUUUCUUAACGACCUCUUAUUUAUUUAAGCCUUUCAUAAUGUAAACAAUGUAAAAAGAAAAUUGAAGAAAUGUAAUUUACUGCAUGGUCAUGCUUCACAUAGUCAACAUUUUAAAACAGUUUUCAUUAUCAGUUUGUUUCCCUUGAGUUUAUUAUGUAUACAAAUACAAUCUACACUAAAAUAUUUAUCUUAGUAAUUCUUAGUCUAAUUUCAGAUAACUGUUUGCUAGUGUUGAUUUGCCAUAAGUAUGUACUUUAAAUCCCACAAUUGAAUGAAUCAGCAUUUUGUUUUUGGUUUCUAUUAAAGUCAUCAUAAGCCUGUAAUGCCACUGAGAUUGUUGAACACUAUUUUUUGUGAACAUUUUUUGUAUUGGACCUCAGAAUUGAUUUCAAAUUUACUCACCAUUCAGGGUAAAUUAUUGAUUUUACAACAAAAAUAAUGUUUUUGCUUCUGCUUGUAAUAAUUUAUUCAGGAAAAUAUGAAGCUGUAGAUCAAUUAGUCAAUUAUAAAAAUGUGGACAAAUAAUGUGUUUUUGUGGCUCUAAAUUGUAUAUGUAAAUAUGUAAAUCUAAAACAGUUUCAUGGACAUAUCAAAAUAAUCAUUAACUGUUAAUAUACAUUAUGCUAUUAGAAUGACUUGUGUUCAGUAUGUUUUGUUAAUAUAUUUAAAUCAUGGUAGUGCAUUUUUCAGUAAUAUUCAUUAAAGACUGUCAUAAUAGGGGUGACUACCCUUUUAAUUGACAACUUACAUUAGGUUUUAAAAUAAAGCUGUGAUGCAAACAUGUUUUUAAUUAUUAACUGAUUACUUGAGCUUUUAUAUAAUUGGUUUUUUUAAAUUAUUUUAUAUUUUGUUUUGUGGAAAGAUAUUGAUAAUGCUGUAUUGUUGUUUAAAAUUGUUUACAAACUGGAAAUUUUUUUUGAUUUGCAAUCUGUAACUUGAAAUAGUUUCUCAUUAACUAGAUUAUCUUUGCAAACAGUGUACGAACCAAAAAUAGCAUUCUAACAUAAUUUCUAUUUCCAAGUUUUAAAAAACCCAAAUGACAAUUUGAUACACCCAUGCAUUAUUUCAAAAUUAUUUGUAACUAUUUAUUAUCUACAUCUAUUAUAUUGAUAGUGUAUAAUUUAUUUUAUCAUGUAAUCAGUGUGUCCUGAGUUAAUGUUUAUAAAUUAUCCAUGUUGUCGCCAAACAAUGUGGUGAUAAAGUUAGUAAAAAUCAAAUUAGUAGUAAUUAUAUUUCUUUUAUGAACAAAGUAAAUUGCCUUCAUUAAGCACAUUUAACAGUCAUUAUAAGGUAUUACAUACAUUCCCUACCAUUUCAAACUUUAAAAAAUUAGAUUUUUUUCAACCACUUUAAAAAUGGUGUUAAUUAUCAAAUAAUUAUUGAGUAUAAAAAAAAAUGUGAAACAUUAUGUCAAUAACUUUGAAAGUUUAAGCCUAAUGUUAAGGGCAUUAGGCUUUCCUUCUCAUUAUUAAAGUAAAGCACAUACAUUUCUUUACGUAAUAACAAUUAGCGGUAAAUACAUUUUUACCAAAGUCAUGAAAGAUUUUUAUUUUCCAUUGUUCACAGCAGCAGCAUUUUUCUCAUUAUUUUUAGACAGAAGUAUGACAUUAAUGAAUGAAAAGAAAUAAUGACUCCGUCCGCUUUAAUUUUUCAUUGUAUUGAUUCAGACUGAAAAAGAAUAAAUAAAUAUUUACCUUUUAAAAUCUCUUUUAGUUUCAAACUACCUCAGCAAUUUCUAAUUAAAUAUAAUUUUUUAUUUCAUUGGUUAAAUACUUAAGU